AUGGGUGACGCCUACGAACGCGAGCAACAAAAUAACGCACUCCUUAAUUCCCUCUCAUCCAAGGUGUCGGCUCUCCGAUCUGUCACGGUGGAUAUCUAUGAUAAUGCGCGAGACCAGGAGACCCUUGAUAAUGCGAAUGAUGUCUUCGCGUCUUUCUCAACGAGUCUGAAAGGCAGCGCCUCCCGUCUCACCCGGAUGGCGAAACAGGGUGACACCGUCGCUGUGUUGAAGGUGGCUGGGAUCUGUGCCGGUGUAGGUGUGGGAAUCUGGCUGGUCCUUGGUUGGAUCUUUUAG